CUCGCUGCGACCAUCGAUGGUGUUGGACGCACUUUCUCAUCCCUGGCAAAACCUUCUUUAGCGGUCUUUUGAGAAGAUCACUCAGCCACAGUGUUUGUGCUUCAAACUACACCCUCAACUUCUUCGUCGGGAAAAGAGCCAUCAAACUUCGACGACAAACUUGAAAGUUCCCUCUCCAAAAAGAUUGAUUUUUUCCAACGUGCACGAUUAAGUGAGCACAUUAAAUACUUCAUAAGUGAUUUAUAUGGACAUUUGUCUGGUUCUUUCAUGUGAAAAAUUUAUCAUUCGCUUCGUGGCCCAAUUUGAACGGUGCGGGAAAGGCGUUGUUCCUUCAAAAGAGAAACAGUGAAAAACGGCUAUCAUCCGCGCUGAGGUGCUGGGUAGGCAUCACUGGAUGUGUUAAAUGUGAACAGAGAAAAAAAGCGAAAAAAGUGAGAAAAUACCUCUGCCGGACCCAGAUAAAUCCCUCGAAGGCGGCACAAAUCGCUCAAGAGGCAAUUAAGUGUGGUGGAGAAGAUGCGUCUAACAAUUAGGCGCCAAAAGCACCAACAUUCUGCCGCAGACACACCAAAUUGAAUUGGUGGGGGGCGAUUUGGGGGUGGCGACGAGAGGAAAUUUAAUCCAUCAUCUGUGGUUUCCGUGCAGAAGGAUGGUGAAUUUUUUAUCUCACCCACCGUCAGACAGUCACUCGAAAAGGGACGCCGCCAGAGACGACGCCAGGAUCUUCUCAAUCUAGUGCUGUCCACAGUGUCCCACAAGACUUCUCCUCUCUGCUUCUCAAUCUCACACUCUCUUCACGCCAUCUCGUCUUUCUUUAGUCCCCGAACUCGAGGCCCAGGGCAAAUAGAGCGGGCGGAACACUCGAAAGGACUACAAGGCCGUUGAAUAGUGGACAGGAGUCAAAUAUUGCCUGAGCUGCCGAGAUGUCUGAUUUCGAAAGGAUCAGACUAGUGAUUCUGGGCGGUGCCGGAGUUGGCAAGAGCUGUAUUGUCAAGCGGUUCCUCUUCAAGACGUACAGCGACAAGUACAGGGCCACCGUUGAGGAUCUCUACAAUAGAGAGUAUGACUUGGGCGCCGUCACGCUAAAGGUGGACAUUUUGGACACAUCGGGUGAUAUGCAAUUUCCCGCCAUGAGACGUCUGUGCAUUGCCACAGCGAAUGCCUUCCUCCUGGUCUAUGCCACAACGUCAGCGCCGAGCUUUGGCUGUGUCAAACAAUGCUUCGACGAGAUUCGUGAACAAAGAGCAGACUUUCAGGAAAUUCCGAUUGUGAUAGCCGGCAAUAAAUUGGAUCUGGCUUCGACACAUCGCGAAGUAAAAAUUGAGGAUGUCUCCGAGUGGGUUUUCUGCGAACUGCCCAAGUUAAGGGCGAAGGUGUUGGAGUGCUCAGCGAAGGAUGACACGAAUAUCACGGAUUUAUUCAAAUCUCUGCUCUCCAUAUCGAAAAUCAUGCCAAUUGGGGGUGGCGAAAGCACUUCUGGGCUCAAGCGGAGAUCGUCUGCGUACGUGAGUGCCACCAGCAAAGGAAAACACAGAGUCGGCAGCCCUUCUUUGGGAGCAGACAAAUCAGGUCAAUCGUUUCUCGGAGCUCCAUCCACGGACUCCUCCAGCUCCAGCGAUGCCAAAUCAAAGCCUAGAUCGAGGUCGCUUAUACGACGCUCUUCGAGGAAGACAAAACAGCAAAUCCAGAAUGCAUCCGGCACAGAGGAUUGCAAUGUGCAGUAAAUAGCCGGCGACUGGCGAAAAAAAUAUAGUCACUCCAUUCAUCUUAAGUUCAACCUCAUUUCUGAUUCCGUUUACGUGCUCGCUAAUGGUUAGAGAAUUGAUGAAAAACAUGUAGAACGAGUGAAUUUACUUGAAGUUUAAUCCUAGUUGGUAAGAAAGAUAAAAGAGAUGUAAAAUUUAAUAUCGAUGCAAAGUGAAUUGUGAUCAACAAAUUAGAAUUUAAUAAUCUUUAAUAGUGCAGAGUGGAGAGUCGCAUUACAUCCCAGAGAAAUUAUCAAUUGAAUGUAACUAAUCAUUUGAACCUCCCGUGAAAAACUCACAUCGAUCACUUUUCCAAACUUUGUGAAAUAUUGCUUACAUUCCAAGGCUCUUCAUCUUAAUUUUCUCGCACCCUUACAGAAAAUUCUCCACAAAAAUUCUCCACAGAUUGCAGGAGGGAAAUGUAAUUAGAGACGAUGUUAGGAGAUGAAGUGGAAAAUUCUUGGAAGGCAAAAGACUUUUAUCUCAAUUUUAACUGCGAACAUCUUCAGCAAACUUUCAAAACUUGUCUCGAAUCUCAUUCUUUCUCCGUAUCGCAGACAUGUUCAUGUUUUUUGUCUCUUUACUUUUUCUUCACUCCAAGAAAUGCAACUUUGUUUCUUCAACAUUUUCACGAUUUUCCACUAUGUCAGUAUUUUCAUGGAAUUCUUCACCGGAGCUCUAUAGAUUUUUAGUAAUCAAGAAUCUGAUCAGUAUUAGAUUUCAGCACAAAGUUCAAGCACUAGGAGAUUCCAAAUUAUAAAAAGAAAACUUUUUGUUCCAGAGAAAAUUGAUAAUCUCAAAAUAAUUUUCAGAAUCACAUAUUUCAAUUGUAUAACUUUAAAUAUCUCAAGUGUAACUAGUGAAGUAGACAGAAUAAACUUAAAAAUAAUCAAAUUUAAAAUAAAUAUGACAAAAUAUAAAAUAAUAGUGAAGAAAUAAAGAUUGUUCAGUAUAACGUUUAAAAAGAAACUAGAAAGAAGAAAGAAAAUAUUACAAUUAGUAAGAGAAAUCCAAGAGAUAAAUGACGUCCAAAUAUCAAAUUGAUAGGUUAUAUUUCAUGGAAUUUUGCCAAAAUUGCGUGAAAAGGAAUUUUAUGAAUAAUUUAGAAAGUAUUAUAAAAUAAUAUUCAGUACCUUAUAUUGAUGUACGUAGUUUGUAUUGAGAUAGAUUUUUAUUGAAACAUGAGAAAUUACCAACAAAUUGUUUUUUUACACAAUAACAAAAUAGUAUUUGACAAAGCAUAAUUGUGGUUUCAACGUUGUGGAAUUGUUGAGUGAAUUGAGAUGAAGUUGAAAAGAAGAGAAUGAAAACCUUUCGUCUCAAAAGACGUAGUGGAUAUAAUUGUUCUUGUUGAAGUAUAUUUGUAAAAGAAGAGAAAAAUAAUGAUGUCCUAAUUGUAGCCAUUCUAACAAUAAUUUUCCUUUUAAACUCUUUAGUUUUUACAGUAAAAUCAUGGUCAAAUCUACUUUCUCGACCUCAAGAAAAAAAGUCCUGUCAAGUAAAUAAAUUGGCUGAUGGUAAAAAUCUCUUUCAAAAGUGUUAAACAGGGUGCUCACUAUGAAUCACUAAAAUCUACUAUGAAUAUCACUGUUUUUGUAGACAUUUGUGAAAAGAAUCUUAGGAAAAACUUAACUGUGCUAGGUCAUAAAAUUUAGCUAAUUGAAAUUGAAUUUUAAAGAUUACAUUAAGAUAUUUAAUGUGCUCACGAGAGAUUAAAAAAAAAGUUAUACCAAUUUUUCGAAUCUGCACUCUUUUCUCCCCCAGCAAACCAGACAAAAAAUCAAAUAUUUUACUAUAGUCAACGGGACAUAAACAGAUGAAAAACUUAUCACAUACAUAAUCUCUGUAUUAGUGUUAGCCGAAAUUUUAUCUAGAAGAGAGCAUCUCCUUCUGAAAUAAACUUGUGGGAUCAAGCAUUAUAGAAUCAAAGAUUGAAUGAAUCAUAUAAUAUCUCUACUAAACAGAUAUCACAUUGAUAUUGCGUGAAAGAGGGUGGGAAAAGCGUUAAGAGGGGGUGACAAAGCAAUUAGCACUCCUCAACAGACUCCAUUUCAGAGGGUGAGAAAAUCAUGGAUGACAAAGGCUGCGGAGUGUUGAGUGGGUGGCACCCAAUGGAAAUGGCGUAUGAAGUGGUGGAUUGAUGUACUACAAGAAUAUUUAAAUGAUGUAUCAAUGAGAACAAGGAAAAUAAAUAGACAUU